GCAGCUCAUAGUCAAACAGCUGUUUUUGCUGCAGCUUGGGCAAUUUGUUAUUUAACCAGCAUAGUUUAAAACAAAGAAGUAUGAAUAAUUGUUUUAAACUUUUGUCGCUUUCAGUAAAAGGCAAUGUUCGAGCUAUCAGCACAACUGCGCCAGUGGCUGGCAAACGAAACUUCCGUAAAUUCAACGUGUACGGCAAGCGCGGAACACGUGUGGUAAAGGAAGCGCAACGGACAAUGGCCAAUCCACCGGUGGCUAUACAAAAACGAGGAGUUCGAGAUACAGGCAUCACAAUAAAUGGUCAAUUUGUCGAAAUACCUGAGAAAAUACCCGAAAUCAUUGUGCCAGAUUUAACCGGCUGUAAGCUGAAGCCAUAUGUAUCGUACAAAGCACCAGAAGUAGUUCAAUCUGAAUUCACUAGCUUGGAUCUCUUCAAUGCUAUCUAUUCGGAAAAGAUUUUGGCCGAUUACAAAGCGGGCAAGCUAGAGGCCGAUGGCAGUGCUAAGGAGCCGUCAGAUAACGAACAGUUAACACCAGAAAUAGCUCUUCUACGAGCGCGUAAAACUGGCAGUGAUAUUUUUUAAGCUUCUAUUGU